CAAGUAUCGUUUCGUGGCUCGUUUUGACGUGUGUACGUGUUUCUUCGUUUUUACUGUUUGGUACCGAACGUAUUGACGAAGGAAAUUUGUCCUUGACAAUUCGGUCAGUAAACACGAGAGCACUUUAGUAAUUAGCAGUCAACUUGAACAUGUUUAAAAGUAUGAUAGCUUUUAAAAACGCCGCGGACAAAAAUUGUCGAAUCUGCAAGAAAACGUUCUGCUGCGCGAAGUGUCGCGAUCGCCACGUGAACGAGGUGCAUCCCGGUUUAAACGGCAGUUGUUUUCUCUGCGCCUCUAAGGCACUGCCGAUGCGACCGUUCGAAUCUGAGAAACUAGAUUUGAGGAACGAGCAAUUGUUGUGUCACAUCAUCAACAAGCAUCUACCGUUACACUGUCACCUGUGCGGCGACACGUUCGAAUCCGGAGAGGACUUUAAAUCCUUUGGUGCGUGUAAAUGGUGGUCUCGUCAUUGUCUGACGUCGCCCGUUGGUUCCGGCUACCUCGAGAAGCUGAAGCUGUGUUCCAUGAGCGACAGCAACUACAAUGACAAGUUUUACACGCCGUGCGAGGUCCAGCGGAAAACCAGCACGCCUAUGUUCGCGGGGCAGAAGGUCGACGUGGAGUAUCAGACACCUUGCAUCCCGGACUUCAGCCUGAAGACACCGCAAACCAACUCGUCCUCGAUCGUACAGUGCAGCGGAACCGCGAAGACGCAGAACGAGUCGCGGAACAGCGAGGCCCGCAGCACCGAUUUCUUCAGCUUCUCCACGCACGUCGCGAACGAGGAUACGCCGUUCAAGGCCAGCGAAGACGAUCAGUUCCCCAGAAGCAAUUCCGGCAGGAAGCUCGACAUCAAGGAGGAGAAAGACGAAACUGCAGACAAGGCUGCGACGGUGAGCGAAGGUCGGAUCUUGUCCCCCGUAGACAUGGAUCUGACGAGCGUCGAGGGCGGCAUUCCGCGAGACUCGCCUCAGUUGGACCCCAUCUGCGAGGAGCCGGACGAGACGCCGGAGAUCGUGAAGGUCAGGUUCUCCGACGAGCAUAAAAUCCUGCCGGAGUUCGAGAAACGGAUGGAGUCCUGCGUGAAGAGUAUCCUGAACGCAUCGAUGGAGGAUGAUGUGUUUCAUGAUGCCAACGAUGCUCACGAGUCCAACGCGAAGAAUGCAGAGGAUGCGACAGCAGAACAUCCCACGAAGAUUACAGGGGACACGAAGGAUGAGAAGAACGCGAAGUGCGAUCAGGAGAAAGACGAGGCGUGCACUUUGGAAAAAUCCUUGCAAAAUUACCAAAAUAAUCUGCAUGUAGAGAUGAUCCAGGAUAACGAAGUGAAGAAGAACGAGAAAGAGAAGGAGAAUCGAAAUUCCGAGCCUAACAGCGUGACUAUGAAUCAGCAAGGUACUAGGGUGCUGAUGAUGGUGCUGGUGGAGAACAACUCGGGAGGACUGGACGGCGACUUGAUGCCGCUGAUCAACUCGGGUCUGAAAAAGCUGCAGGAGCAGAUGACGUCGGCGAAUUACUCGACGCCGGACACGAUCGAGUCGUCGGGCACUAAUAAAGUGCGCAGACAGUCCGUCACCAAGAUGCAGAUGACCGUUUCGACCGUCGAAAGCUAUUCCGUGAACAAUACUACGACGGCGGCGGUGGCGACAGAUUGCCAAGAGAUCGUGCCGUCUACCUCAUUAUCGGUGCAGAACACAGAUGAGAGGAACGGCGGAUUCCUGUCUUCCUUCUCGCAAGCUGUGAAGUACGUCCUGAGGAGCUUCUCGGGAUUGAACGAUCCGCUAAACAACAACAAUGCGAGCAACGUAGUGCAGCAGCAGAAAAACAUGAAGAAAUCGACAUCCACGCCGGAAUUGUCCGGCGGCGGCUCCUCCUUGACCAAUCUCGUCGCCAACGGUGUCCAGAUUCGUUCCGGUAAGCGGGCCCGCGACGUCACCGAGGCGCCGUCGAAAUGGGAUUCGAGCUCCCUCGCGGUGGAGGGUAGGAGCCCUCUGGCGAAACGUCACAGACCAUGGUACACGAUGAUCAAGGGGCGCAAGCCGCUCGACAGGAUGCGAAACAACCGUGCGACGUCGUCCAGAGGCGUGUCCACGGAGACCCAGAUCUUCAGCCAAGGAUCCCUGACGGUCGGCGAUACGGUUCUGCCGCUGCCUACGAGAGCCCACCAGUCGCCCACGCAGACCGAGCAGCGGGAGUAGACAGCCGGAGGUGUCGAUUGGAAAAAAAAGCUUUAUUCCGCGUAAUCGUGCACAUCUCCAGAAAUCACUUGUACAGGAAUAUAAAACGUAAUAUAAAAUGAUCGUAUCACUGGAUAUGUAC